AGAGAUUGGUGAAAGUGUGAGAGGAGAAGAUGUGUAUAUUAUUCAGAGUGGCUGUGGAGAAAUAAAUGACAACUUAAUGGAACUGCUCAUCAUGAUCAAUGCCUGCAAGAUUGCAUCAUCCUCCAGAGUGACUGCUGUAAUUCCAUGUUUUCCAUAUGCCAGGCAAGAUAAGAAAGACAAGAAGGGGUCCGUGGAGCGUUGGAGCCGUGCUCCAAUCUCUGCAAAACUUGUUGCCAACAUGCUCUCAGUUGCAGGGGCUGACCACAUCAUCACCAUGGACCUGCAUGCUUCACAGAUUCAGGGUUUCUUUGACAUUCCAGUAGAUAACCUGUAUGCAGAACCUGCAGUGCUGCAGUGGAUUAAAGAGAACAUUCCGGAGUGGAGAAACUGUAUCAUAGUCUCACCUGAUGCAGGUGGUGCAAAAAGGGUUACUUCAAUUGCUGACAGACUGAAUGUGGAAUUUGCUCUCAUUCAUAAGGAAAGAAAGAGGGCAAAUGAAGUGGACAGAAUGGUCUUGGUUGGUGACGUGAAAGACAGAGUAGCAAUUCUCGUCGAUGAUAUGGCUGACACAUGUGGCACAAUAUGUCAUGCAGCAGACAAGUUAAUGUCUGCUGGUGCUACUAAAGUUUAUGCCAUUCUUACUCAUGGCAUCUUUUCUGGUCCUGCCCUCUCUCGGAUUAAUAGUGCAUCAUUUGAGGCUGUUGUGGUAACUAAUACAAUCCCCCAAGAGGAUAAAAUGAAACACUGCCCAAAAAUACAGUUUAUUGACAUUUCCAUGAUCCUUGCAGAAGCAAUUCGAAGAACACACAAUGGUGAAUCUGUGUCUUAUCUGUUCAGUCAUGUCCCCUUGUAACUGCAGAUUCCACUGCAUCUUUGCAAAAGUCCCUUCAGCUAGCACUGUUGUUUUUAACAAUGCACCUCAACCACAAGGAAUGAGUAUCUUUGUACAAUUUCAGAGCUUGUAUGUUUAAUUAUUAUGUUUGUCUUGUAAUUACCAUUUGUUCUUUGUAAAUGGGCAAUAAAUCUCCAUCUUGCAGAAA